AUGGAAAAAGAAUUAAACGAUGAGAAAAAGAGGAAAACUGAAAAAAACGUAUUUCCUAAUUUUAAUAAUGUAAUAGUAGAUCAAAAUUAUGAUGUAAAUAAAAGAAAUUUCAAUACUGUAAAUUCUAAAAUGAAUAGAGGGGACAUGGAAAGUAUGAAAAAUAAUUCGAAUACAUUUAAUAAGUCUAACAAAAUGAAAAACAAAAAAAAAAAUAAUAAUAAUAAUAGUAAUAUUAAUUAUCAUAAUAAUAAAAUGGGGAAAAACCAAAAUAUGAUGAAUACAUCAUUAUCAAAUAAUAGAAGGAAAAAUUAUUAUAAUAUGUCACAUAUGGGUACUAGUCAAAAUAAAUAUGAAAUAAAAAAUAAAACAAUCAAUAAAAAUAAAACAAAAUUUGGAUCCAAUGUUAACUCGAAUGUAAUACAAAAUAAUGAGAAUGUGGUUACAUCAAAUAAAGAUGAUUAUAAUUGUAUGAGAGGAUAUAAUAAUAAUAAUAAUAAUAGUAAUAAUAUGGAUGAAAGAAUUAAUUAUAACAAUUCAAAUAACAAUAAGAACAACAAUAUUAAUAUUAAUAAUGAAGGUUAUGUGAAAUAUUAUCAGAAUUAUAAUAACAAACAAAAUACAAAUAAGUAUAUAAAACCAAUUAAUAAAUUAAAUUUAUCGUGUACUAAUAAAUUGUAUAAAAAUAUAAAUAACAAUAAUGUCAUGAAGUAUAAUAUAAGUUCAGAUAUGAAUAAGCGUAAUUUUAAUGAUAUUAAUAGAAAAAAUGAAAAUUAUAUUCAAAAUUUGAAUAAUAUGAAGAAUAAAAAAAAAACAAUAAAUAAUACGUCAAAUGUUAAUAUGUCAAAUGUUAAUAUGUCAAAUGUUAAUACAUCAAAUGUUAAUACGUCAAAUGUUAAUAUUUCAAAUUCUAAUAAUCCUCCAAUUAAAGACAUUUCUCUUUUAAAAAAUCGUUUGAAUAACAAUAUUAUUGAUAAGAACCUAGAGAGUAGAAAUAAUCAAGCAAAUAAUAAUUUGAAGAGAACACAGAAUGCGACCCUUUAUGGAAACGAUAAUGAUUCUAAAAGAAGAAAAGGUCUUUACAACUUAAAUAAUAUGAAUGACAAUUAUAGUAUUAGUAAUUAUUCUAAUCCUAGUGUUAAAGAAAAUUCUUCUUUACCAUUAGAAGAUAAUAUAACUAAAGAUAAAAAUAGUAAUAUGAAAUAUGAUAAUAAUAGUAAGAAAUAUAUUGAAAAUGAUAGUUCUAAAAAUUAUUUUCAUACAAAUUUAUAUGAGAAAGAACAACAUUAUAUAAAAGUAAUAGAAAGAAAAAUAAAAGAAAUAUGUGAUAUUUUAGAAUAUAUAUUAUAUGUAGAUGAUAAAGAUUGUAUUAAUUUGAUAUAUUUCCUUAUAAUUUUAUUAAAAGGAAUUAAAAAGGUAUUACGUCGUUUAAAAAAUUCAAAUAUGAAUUAUGAUAUAUUUAGUAUUGUGUUAAAUUUAUAUUCAUGUUUAUGUGUGAAGUUAUUUUCAGAAAAUAAUAUUUUAGUAAUAAUGAUUUUAAAAUGUUUUGUAUUAAUGUUUGAAAUAUUGAAUCUGAUGGAUAUGAAUUCUUUUAAUUUGUCUUAUGUACUUUUUUUAUAUGUAAAUUUCUUAAAGAAUAAUAAAAAUGGAAUAGAUAUAUUAGAAAAUAAGAGCAAUAUAAGAUAUAAAACACAGGUAGUAGAAAAUGACAAUAAAAUGUAUAAAAAAUUGUUAAAUUCGUUUUUAAAUAUAUUUUCAUAUUGUUCUGAAAAUACUAAUACUUUAGUUCGUAAUGAAGCAAUAAAAUCAUUUUAUUAUGUAUUAAGAUUUUUGCAUGAUGAAAAGAAAUAUAAAUAUUAUCAGGAGCAUACUAUAGAGAAGGAAAGAAUAAAUACAAAUAAUAACACAGAUGAUGAUAAUUUAAAGAAAAGAACCUUAUUCAUUUUUGAAGAAAAUUUAAUUAAAGAAUCUUUAACGAUAAAAAAAGUAAAUAUGAUAAAAGGAUUUGUUAAUAGUAGAAUGAUAUAUUUACAAAAAUUUAAUUCUAAUUUUUUUGAAAAUAAUUGUGAUAACAUAGAUAUGAAAAAUAAGAAUAAUGAUCAGGAUAAAAGUGGAAAGAUCAAGGAUAAUUCAAAUAAUAAUGUAAGUAAAAAGGAGAAUAAUAUAAAUGUUCAUGUUAUGAAUGUUAAAAGUGAAAUAAAUAGUAAUAAUAAGGACGCAGAAAUAUAUAAGAAUAAAACGAAUAGGAAGGAUAAUAUGAAUAAUGUAAAUGAUGUAAAUGAAAUAAAUGACAUAAAUAAUAUAAAUAAUAUAAAUAAUAUAAAUAAUAUUAAUAACAUAAAUAAUGUAAACCAUAUGAACAAUAUUAAUAAUAAGAAUAAAUAUGAUGAAAGUGAAAAUAGUUUAAAUAAUAUCCUUCUAUUAAAAAAUUUUGAAACAGUUUUUAAUUGUGUACCUAAUGAUGGUUGGAUAUCAAACAAGAUAGAUGAUGAUGAUGAAAAUAUGUUACUUUAUAUUUUACACAUAUUUGAAUUAUUUGUUGAAAUAUAUAAAGAUAAGGAUAUUAAUGAAAUAAUAAUAAAAAGUAUUGUUUUUUUUUUGAAUCACACUGAUUUGAAUAUUUUUAGUAUUGUAACACGUAUUAUUAUAAAAAUCUCUCAAAUAAAUCCUAUUAAUAGAAUAUUUUUUAAUAAAUAUAUAUCUGUGUUAAUGAAAAAUUUUGAUAAGGAUAGAAGAAGAUAUAUAUUUCUAAUGUUAUCUUAUUGUAAAUAUGAAAAAAGUGGUAUUGAGGUAUUAUUAGGUAUACUAACAAAUUUAUGUAUUUAUAAUUUCAAUUAUAAAACAAAUACAUAUUAUCUUGAGGAAGACUAUGAAGAAAGUGAUUUAAAUAUAGAACAGAUAAAAACUUUAAGACGUUUACAAAAUAUGCGACAGAAUAAGGCAUUAAUAAAUAAUGAUAAUAUACAUAAUGAUAUAGAAACUUAUAGUAAUAAUUCUGAGGAUGAAUUUUAUUUAAUUGACAAAAAAAUAUAUAAUAUAGAGGAAUGGUAUUAUAUAUAUCCUAUAAUUAUUAUAUUAUCAUUGAAUUAUUCUAAAUAUAUACAAUCAUUUUUUUUUAAUAAAUUUUAUAAAAGUUAUAUACAGAAUUAUUAUAACAUUACUCCAUAUUUUAAUAUAUUUGAUUGGUCAAAUAAAUUUUGUUAUUAUCUUUCAAAACAUAUUUUUACAUCUCAUAUUGAAAAGUCCUCAUUUUUUAUGGAGCAAGGUUUGAAUAUAUUUGACGUAUUAGAUUCUACAAUAUGUAAUAGUGAGUCAAAAAAUUGGAGCAAUAGCUAUAAGUUAUUAAUUCAUAUAAAUAAAUAUAAUACUACAGCUGGUAGUAAUAAUAAUAAUAAUAAUAAUAGUAAUAAUAAUAAUUAUGUUUAUUAUCCAUAUAAUGGAUAUAAAAUAGAUAGUGUUAAAAAUUUUAUGCUCAGAGAAAAAAGUUCAAAUGAUAUAUCCUUAGAUUUACUAUUUAAUCGAACAUAUGGAUUUUUAGAAUAUCCAAAUUAUGUUAAACUAAAUUUAAGUUAUAAAGAAAAUUGUUAUAUUUAUAUAUAUAUGUUAUCACUUUUAAAUUUCUUUUUUAAUAAAGAAAUGAAUAUAUUUGAAGAGAAUUGUUUUUUUCUUAAGCGUAAGUUUUGGGAGUUAUUACAUGAUCAAACCAAUUUAAAAAGUAAUAGUUUUUUAGAUUAUUUAAGUUUAUUUAAAGAUAUUAAUUUUAUAUGUAUAAAUCACACAAAAUAUCUGACCAAAUUAUUUGAUUUUAUUAAUUCUAAUAAUAUCACACAUUUGAAGGAGAAAAAACAAAAUGGUCUUUAUAAUGAUUGUAAAAAUGAUGAAAUAUUAUAUAGUAAUAUUAAACCUGAUGAUGAUUUAUUAUAUAAUGAUAAUUAUAUAAAAGAAAGAGAACAUAAACGAAUGUUAUAUGUAGAAAAAUUAUUAUUAUCUUUUAUUAUAAAUAAGGGAAAAAAUAAAAAGAUGAAAAAGAUAUUGGCUUGUAAUUAUAAAGUUAAAGGAAAUCAUGCUAUAAAUAAUAAAAAUUUGAAAAAUAAUAUGAAUAUAUUAGAAAAAAAAAUUAGAAAACUUAUAUAUUUUGAACAAUCUUAUAUGAAAUAUAAUAAAAAUAUAUGUGAUAUAAUAAAUCAUAAUAUUAUUAGUAAUAUAUAUUAUAUUUUAUAUUUAAAAAACAUUUUUUUUUUGGAUGAAAAAGAUUCAAAAAUAAUGAAUGAAGAUAAUACCUUUUUUUCAGAUUAUUUAUGUAAAGAUUUAUUAAUUAAAUUAAUAUUGGUUCCUAUUUUAUAUAGAAGUAAUACGGCGAUUGAAAUUUUUUAUAAAUAUCCAAUAAAAGAUAUGAUAACAAAAUCUUACUUUUCCAGUAUAUCUAAAAAAUACUUUGAUCGAAUAUCACAAAAAAAUUUACUUUUAUUAGAAAAAAUAAAUAAAUGUACUAUUAUUAAUAAUGAGAAUGAAUUAUUUAAUGAUAACAUUCAGGUUUUAUAUGCUGAUAAUGGCGCAGCUAGCCAAAAUGAUAAUAUUCAGAUGCAUCAAAAUUAUAGAAUACCAAAUAAAGAGAAUGAAAGUAGUAUUGCAUCUAUUAGUGAUUUUAAUGAAAAUUUAAGAGAAGAAAAGUGUCUUUUAAAAUCAGUUGAAUAUGAUAGUGCUUUAUAUAAAAAUAAAGAAGAGGAGAUCAAAAUAUUAAAUAAUAAAAACAAUAAUGUGUAUGGACCCUUACCAAGUUUUGAAGAAAAUAAUAAAUAUAUUAAACAAGAUAAACAAAGGAAUAGAAAAAGCAAUUUUCCUGUACAUUUAAAAAAAAAUUUAUUCUUAAAAUUUUUAAAUGUGAAAAUAAAAAUUAAGAAUAAUAAUAUAGGACAAAAUGAGACGAUGAAUAUUAUGAGCAAUAUACAUGAUAAAAAAAAAAUAAAAAAGGAGAAUAAAAAAUAUGAAAAAGGUUUCAUUGAACAUGAAGAAAAUAUGCAAAAUAAAUAUGAAAUAUAUAUAUAUCAUAAAAAACUUAUUAAUAUAAAUCAUCAAAUAAAUAAAAAUUUAAUAAAAAUAUAUCAUUUGUUUUAUAGAAAUUAUUAUUAUACAUUAAAUAUGUCUGAGAUAUUAAAUAUUAUAUUGAACAAAGUGUAUGAAGAAAAUGAUAUAUUAUAUAACAAGUUAAAAGAUUUUGUUUUGAAUUUUUCAUCUUAUUAUCAUGGUAAUAAUAAAAAGAUUGGUUCUAAAUAUUUUUAUGACAUUUUUUAUAAUAAUAAAUUAUGUAGAAAUAAUAAUAAAUUAGAAAGAAUAAAUAAAUAUUUAUCACAAAAUAAAAAUGGACAUGAAUAUAGUAAUUUAAUAUUUGAAUUGCAUAAGAUAGGUAUUAACAAAAAUGAUAAUAAAAAGAAUGUAUAUUCUAUAAAUAUUGCUAUAAAUAAAAUCUUGAAACUUAUUAUAAAAUAUUUAGAGAAUGAAGAUUAUAUAAAUUAUGAGGAGUGUAUAAAUUUUCCUUAUUUAUUUUUAUCUAUACUUAAUAUAAAAAUAAAGUUAUCUUAUGAAGUAAUGUUAUACGAUUUGUUUGAGAAUGAAUAUAAUGAUUUUAAUAUGUUAUUAAAAAGGCUACCAGGAUAUAUAAAUUAUUUUUUCAAUAAUUUAUAUCUAUAUAUUGAAUAUGAGGAUAUGUUUAUAAUAAAAGAAGAAUAUAAAAAAAAUAAAGAGAAAAACAAAAAUAAACAUAUUUAUAAUUAUAAUUAUGAUUAUAAUCCAAAUUAUAUAUUAUAUAAUAGGAGGAACCAUUUAGGUAAAAAAAAAAAUAUGUUGUUGCCAUCUCAAAAUAAUAAUAAUUUAUUAAUGUAUAGUUUUAUGGUUGAAAAUAUAUUAUCAGAAGAUUAUUCUCUUACACAUUUGAAAAGCUUAAACAAAACUAAAAAAGCAGAAACUAAAAAUUCUUUAUUUGCAGGUAGAAAAAAAAGUAAGGGAACAAGUCAAAAUAUCAAAGUUGAUACUGAAUUUAAUUUAGAUGAAAAAUAUUUAAAAGAAAAUAUUAUUCAUAAAAAUAAAAAAGAAAUAACAAAUAAAAAACAUAACGAUAAUGAACAUUUUAUAAAUAAAUCACAUAGUAUGAAAAUAUAUACAAAUGAAUGGAACAUAACAAAUUUUAUUCCAGUAUAUAAGAAUGAAAAUAAUAAUUCGAAUACUUAUAGAUAUAUAAUAAAAAUGGAAUGUAAAAAAAAUGUGGGAAAUAAUUUUGAUUUUUCUUCAACUUUGCCUAUUAAAUGUAAUAUUAUUCUAUUUUAUUAUUAUAUGGAAAAUGAUAAGUUCUAUUUGAUACCUAUAUCGAAAAGGAAUAACGUAUACCUACAUCCACUCAAUCAAUAA